AUGGAGGCUGGUAGCAUAUGCAAGGGCAGUUCUAAUUCCUCAAAGCAUGCUGCACUUGUCCUCAUCAUCUUCUUGUUGAGCAUAAGAGCAUACUGCAACGCUAUUCUGCAGGCAACGGAGGAGAGUAACUGCUUCGAGAAUGAAAGGAGUGCUCUGCUCGCCAUCAAGUCCGACAUGUAUGUCCCAGGCGACUGGUUCUCGUCUUGGAUCGGUCGUGACUGCUGCAAGUGGAGAGGAGUGGGCUGCGACAACAUUACCAGCCACGUUACAGAGCUUGACCUUCACAGCCCUUACCCCUACUACGUCUAUGAAGAAGAUCCAAUUUUGUAUCAGAUGGACAGUUUCAGUCCUGGGAGAAUCGGUACAAGUAAGUUGAACCCUUCUUUGCAAGAGCUAAAGCAUUUGAAGUAUUUGGACUUGAGCAUGAACAACUUCUCCUAUGCCCACAUCCCCAAUAUGAUUGCUUCUCUCGUCCACUUGGAGUAUCUCAACCUAUCAAGAACUCUGUUUUGUGGUUUAAUUCCUCCUCAAUUCGGUAACCUCUCCUGCCUUAUCUCGAUCUUAAUGGAUGCGUCAACUCAUUAUAUUACACUUUCAAAUCAUGUAUUCGCGCUGGUGGACUCCAAAUCCAAUGGCUCUCUCAUAUACCUUCAUUGGAAACUCCCGCCUGUUACAUCCCCACUGCCCUCUUUUAAUCUGACAUCCAUCUCCCAGCUUAGUCUCUUUCACUAUCAGAACUUCAGUAACGCCAUGCUCAGUUGGCUGUCUAAUGCUAGCAACCUUGAAUAUCUCGGUCUCUCUGAGUGCUAUUCUGGACUUCAUGUGGAGCAACUGCAAGUUUCUUUUAGUGCUCUUCCUAAUUUAAAGAAAUUAGAAAUAGCAAGCAAUCUCAUCAAGGGAGAAAUUUCUGGAAUUCUAAGGAAUAUCAGCACCAGACUGCAGUAUUUGGAUUUCAGCGGCAAUGAAGUUAGCGGAGAAAUUGCAGAUAUCUUGUGGUAUCUUAGGCGCUUGGAGUACCUCAGUUUAGAUUCUACCUAUGUGAGGGGGUAUUUACCACUUGCCAUGGAGAAUCUAACAACGAUAAGACACUUGAGUGCAUCAAAUAGUCAUAUAGCAGGACAUAUUCCAGAAACAGUGGGGAAACUUGUCAAUUUGAGGUUUCUUGAUUUGUCAGAAAACAAUAUCACUGGAGUGAUACCAUGGAUCAUGGGAAACCUUACAAACUUGGCAGGCUUAUGUUUGGGAAAGAGCAACCUGACAGGAUCAAUACCAGAAACUUUUGGUAAUCUCACUAACUUGAAGUUGUUAUAUCUAAUUGACAGUAAUGUUUCAGGACAAGUACCAGAAUCCAUUGGCAAACUUCAAAAAUUACGUACUUUGUAUAUGCCAAAUAAUCUAUUUACUGGUCAGAUACCUGAGUCGAUGGGUGGACUCCAUAACUUAGAAUUUUUUAUCAUAUCCGAAAACAAGCUAGCAGGGCAAAUUCCCAGGACUUUUGGUAAUCUCUGCAACUUGAGCUUUCUUGAUUUAUCACACAACAGUAUUGGAGGAGAACUAACGGAUUUGAUCGAUGGCUUGUCCAAUUGUACUAAAGGUGCUCUCCUAAGAAACUUAGAUCUUCAGAACAAUAACUUGGGUGGUUUGAUCCCUCCAAGUGUAGGUCAACUACAUCAACUAAAGGAACUCAUGCUGGCUCAUAACUCAUUUCUUCGUCUACCGCAGAGCUUUGGAAAUGCCCCAAACCUCGUUAUUUUCUGUUUAGCUAGAAAUCAUCUCAGCGGUGAUAUCCCUCCUUUCUUUUGCAGUAUGGAACUCCAAGUCCUAGACUUAGGUUACAAUGAAUUGUCUGGUGAGGUACCAAAAUGCCCUGUUUCAUCUCCUACAUCUCUAUUGUCUCUCCACUUGAAUGCUAAUUCACUCUCUGGAAGUUUUCCAUCCUUCUUAAAGCAUAGUAAAGACUUGGUAGUUCUUGAUCUCGGCGAAAAUAAAUUUUCGGGAGAAAUACCAAUGUGGAUAGGACAGAGCCUUGCAUCAUUGAAGAUUCUUCGCUUGCACUCAAACUCACUUCAUGGUACUAUCCCCACAGCCAUAGCAAGUAUCAAGUCCCUCCAACUUUUGGAUCUUUCUUCAAACCGUCUUGAUGGUAAUAUACCUUCUUCUCUUGGCAAUCUCAGUGCAAUGGCUGUAUAUUUUUCAACAGAUUCAUUAUAUGGCAACAAAGUUCAUAAUGAGAGAUUAGUAAUAACCAUGAAAGGUUCUUCCUACGUAUACACUGAUAAGCUCCGAUUGGUACGAAGCCUCGACCUGUCAAAUAAUAAUCUUUCUGGUGAAAUUCCGAAUGAGCUGACAGAUCUUCUUGGAUUGCGCUUCCUUAAUUUGUCCAUGAAUCAUUUAACUGGGAAGAUUCCAGAAAAGAUAGGUGCCAUAACACAGUUGGAAUCGUUGGACUUGUCCAUGAACAAUCUAGCAGGAGAAAUUCCUACGAGCUUAUCUGCUCUUUCUUCCCUGGCCUAUUUGAAUCUUUCCCACAAUAACUUGUCAGGAAGAAUCCCAGAAAGCACACAGUUGUCGACCUUCAAGGCCUCAAUCUAUGCUGGUAAUGAAGGCUUGUGCGGACCACCACUGCCAAAGUGUUCUAGUCAUGAAACUUAUCAGGAUCCACCAGAACAAACAAAGGCAGAUAAGAUUGACCUUGUGAUACAAUAUAGCAGCGUUGCAAUCGGAUUUAUUGUUGGCUUUUGGUGUUUCAUUGGAAUCAUGAUCCUGAAGAAAGAAGUCAGAGUCACUUUCUUCCGAUGGUGGGACAAGACUUGCGAUGAUAUUUAUGUUCAGUUGGCAUUGAAGCUCAAGAAGCUGAAGCCACAAAAUGGGUAG